UAACAUUAUUACUACCAAUGUAUGUAAUAACUGUAAUAUGUUGUAGUAUUAUUUUUUUUUUUUUUGGUUGCGUUGACGUCAAUUUCUGGGCUUUGGACCAAUCACAUUGCUUUGGUUUCCAAAACUAAAAAGGAAAAAUAAUACUUACUAGAACCCAAAGGGGAAAUCGCCAUUUUGCACACAGGGAAAAAGUAAAUAUUUUUUUACAACAAAAUGACCCAUUGCGCGAUCGAUCACUGAAAUCUUACACCAAUUCUGAUCUCAUUUGAACAGCCUUUGCUUCAAUAUUUCGGGCAAAGGUGUUUAUUAAAGACAGAUUUGGGGAUUCAAGUUAAGGCUAAAGGGAAUUUCGCCUUCCAAUUUAAUUGAUUUCUCUUUACUUUGGGGCACAAACUGAAGUAUUUUAAACGCAACUCUAUAAGUAUCUGUUCUAGAGUUUUGGGAAACUUGGAAAUAAUCAAUGGCAGCUCCAGGGGGACCUAGACCAAGGAAUGCGCCACCACCCAAUUAUAACCCUAAUGCACUUGCGGAUGGUAUGCAAAAUCUACAAGUAAAUAGGCCCAAUCAGCCACCUGGUGCUCCUAGGCCUAAUACCCCAUUUGGGCAGCAGCCACCUAGUGCUCUUAGGCCUAAUACCCCAUUUGGGCAGCAGCCACCUUUUGCUGGUGGACCACCUGUUAGUCGUCCCGGACCUCCACCACCUGGUGCUUUCCCGAGAGGGCCCACACCUCCUAGUGGUCCUCCACACACUGGAUUGCCUCCUCCUGUGUCUCAGUCUGUUCCUCCCUUUGCAUCUCGGCCACCUCCUCCUGGUGUAAUGCCUCCUUCUAUGGGAGGUGCCGCCCCGCCACCUGGGUCUUUGCCUUCUGCAUUGGGUCAUCGUCCAGGACCUCGGGGUCCUUUUUCUUCUUCACCGUUGACAACAGGUCCUGCUGUGCCGCCGCCAUCAAGCAUUUCUGGCUCGGUUAGUAAUGGGCCACCGACAGGUGGGCCGGGAAUGAUGCAGGGCGGAGCACGUUUUCCUCCUCCAAGCAAUACAAUGAGGCCACCAUUUGGAGCUCCUCCACCAACGAUGGUUUCACCUGGCGCUUCUUCUCAGCCUUCAGGCAUGCGCUCACCCUUUGGAAGUUCAUCAUCUGUUAGCACACCACCAGUUACAGCACAACCACCACCUCCAUUUUCGGGACCAUUUUCAGAAUAUGCCACCUUCAGGUUCCUCCCCAUUUGCAAUAGUGCUGCAUACAGAUUUCUUGUGUUGAAAAGUGAUGUGCUUGACUGCAAUACUAUAAUUGAGACAAAGAAUGCUGAAUUUUUUGAACAUAUUUUUCCACUGUCUGAUAAAAUUUCUCAUCCACAUGUUGAAAGAAGUAAUGAGAUCACCUCUAAUGAGGAACUGAGAAGGAGCAAAAGGCCUAGAAAAGAAUAUUUUUCUUAUGGAAAUGAUUUUCAAACUUUUCUUGUCGAUAAUGAACCAUCAAAUUAUUUUGAAGCUAUAUCUUCUUCUGAUGCUAAAUUUUGGAAAGAGGCAAUAAAAAUGGAAAUUGAUUAUAUCAUGAAAAAUAAUACAUGGGUUUUGAUUGAUUUACCUCCUGGUGCAAAACCUAUUGGUAGUAAAUGA